AUGAAGACUGAAAUAGAUGUAUUUUAUUUAACAGUCUUCAUUAGUAAUCAUCUGAUGGAAGCUUUGAGUACAAUAUAUUUAAAGCUACGAGUAGAACAAAAGUCCAGCACCUCUUGUGCUGAAGCCAAUGAGUUCAAACUGAUGUGUAAUUUUCAUUUCAGUGUGGUGACUCAGCUCUACCAACACAUUUUGUCUUUGGCAUUUGCUGUAAAGGAGAUCAAUGAAAAUCCCCAGAUUUUGCCCAACCUCACUCUGGGCUCCCAUAUCUAUAACAGCAACUUUAUUGCAAGCGGGACGUAUCAUGCCUCAAUGGAAGUAUUCUCAACACAAGGCAAAUUAAUCCCUAACUACAAGUGUGAAACAGAGAACAAUCUAGUGUCAGUCAUUGGUGGACCUAAUUCUGAAGUCUGCAUUCACAUGGCAGCCAUCCUGUCUAUUUACAAGAUUCCACAAUUCACUUAUGGCUCUGCUUCUGAGAUGAAUAGGAAAUCUCAAGCUAUUUUCUAUUACCAGAUGUUUCCAGAUGUACACAGACAAUAUAAAGGGAUUCUCCAGUUACUCUUGCAUUUCCAGUGGACAUGGAUUGGGAUAUUAUAUGACAAUGAUAACAAUGGGGAGAGAUUUGUCGAGGAUGCACUUCCUAUGUUUUCUGAGAGAGGAAUCUGCUUUGAUUAUAUAGAAAAAUUCCCAGUAAUGACAUCAGUUAGUGACAUUGAUAAGAUGGUGGCAGAGGGAAUAAAUCAGUAUCAUGCUAUUAUUAAAAGCAUUGCUAAUGUAUCCAUUGUUUAUGGUGAAAUUGAGACCAUGGUAUUUUUCAGAAUGUUUUCCACAUUGUCGACAUACGAGGAUGUGUCAAUAAUGGCAAAAGGAAGAGUUUACAUCAUGACGGCUCAGAUGGAAUUCACAUCAUUCCCCUUUCAAAAGAAGGAAGGCAUAGAUUUGCUUCAUGGUGCCCUGUCCUUAGCAGUUCAUUCAAAGGAGGUCCCGAGAUUCCCUGAAUUUCUCCGGUUGAUAAAUUCUAGCUUUGAUGGAGAAGAUGGCUUCAUUCAGCGUUUUUGGGAAGAGGCCUUUGGAUGUUUCUUUCUGGAGUCCUCAAUAGACAGGGAAGGAAGGGUCUCCUGCACUGGUGAGGAGAAACUGGAGACUCUCCCAGCAUCCAUUUUUGAAAUGAGCAUGACUUCCCAUAGCUACAGUGUCUACAAUGCAGUCUAUGCCGUGGCAUAUGCUUUGCACAAUAUGCUUUCAUUUCAAUUGAAAAAAACAGAGAGUGUCCAUAAAGCAAUCCAUAGCUUGCUGGCUCAACACUUAUGGGAGCUCAAUCAUUUUCUGAAAAUCAUUUCAUUCAACAACAGUGUUGGGGAAACAGUUUUCUUCAAUCAAAAUGGAGAAGUGGAAACUGCAUUUGAUAAUAUCAACUGGACAAAGCCUAUUUCUCUUUGCAAUGACCAUUGUCAUCCAGGUUACAGGAAGGCCAAAAAAGAAGGGAAACCAUUUUGCUGCUAUGAUUGCCUUCCUUGUCCAACAGAGAAGAUUUCUAAUCAGAAGGACAUGGACAACUGCUUUCCGUGUUCACUAGAUCAUUAUUCAAACAAAGAGCGAAAUUUCUGCCUUCCAAAAUAUGUAACAUUUUUAUCUUAUGAAGAAAUGCUGGGGAAUAUUUUUACCAGUUUUAUUCUUACUUUUUCUAUCAUUACUAUUUUGCUACUCUGGCUCUUCAUUAAAAACAAGGACACCCCUAUUGUGAAAGCCAACAAUGAGACCCUCACCUACAUUCUUCUCAUCUCCCUCCUGCUUUCAUUUCUCUGUGCUUUGCUAUUUAUUGGCCAACCUCGUCAAUGGACAUGCCUUCUUCGGCAAGUUACUUUUGGCAUCAUCUUCUCCGUGGCAGUUUCUAGCAUUUUGGCAAAGACUAUCAUUGUAAUUCUUGCUUUCAUGGCUACCAAGCCAGGAUCCAGAAUUAGGAAAUGGAUGGGUAAAAAACUGGGUCUUUCUGUUGUCCUUUCUUGUUCUUUUACUCAAACCAUUAUUUGUACCAUAUGGCUAUCAAACUCUCCCCCGUUCCUGGAUGUUGACAUGCAUUCCUUGCCAAAAGAAAUGAUAUUGAUAUGUAAUGAAGGGUCAACUGUCACGUUCUAUUGUGUCCUUGGUUUUAUGGGUAUCUUGGCAAUUAUCAGCUUCCUGGUGGCUUUCCUGGUCAGGAAGUUACCGGACACAUUUAACGAAGCCAAAUUCAUCACCUUCAGCAUGUUGGUCUUUUGCAUUGUCUGGCUGUCCUUUGUUCCAACCUACUUGAGCACAAAGGAGAAAUAUGUGGUGGCUGUUGAGAUCUUCUCCAUUUUGUGCUCCAGUGGGGGGUUACUAGCUUUCAUCUUCUUCCCAAAAUGUUACAUUAUUCUGGUGAGGCCUGAUUUAAAUAACAAGGAACAGCUAAAAAGAGGAAAAAACUGA